GCAAGUCUGGUGUGAACGGUGCCAAGAACGGGUGAUGGAUGCACAGUGACGGACAGGUUACAGGCUGGAUUCUCCCAGAAUUCUCAUAGCCCUACAACUGAUGUCUACCAAUAAUCCCCUGAAGCUCCCAGCAGUGAAGGCCACUGACCCUGGCCAGAAUCAGCAGACCGUCAGCCCUCCAAAAGAUGUUCCUCUUCCACGACGCAAAUACAGGCAGCUGCUGCACGAAAAGUAUGUUAAAAGUGUGGCCCAAAACCUGAGCUUCUCCGAAGAUGUUGUUGAUUCCAUGGUUUUUUAUGGGACCCCGCUCAAGCAGAGGGGUGAUGGCAACAUCUUUGAUCUCUUUAAAGUUGUCACACCCCCAGAGCCUCACAAACUCCUCCAAUCAGAUCAAAGAUCUCGCCGCUGUAAACUCAACAAGCGGAAGUCCAAACAGGGUACAGUGAGUAACCAGAAGGUGUGGAUAACAUGUGAUUCUGGUGGGAGUCUUGAGGGCCAGCAUAAACCACCUUCAACGGCUGCUGUCCCCUUAGUGGAGGGCUGGAGAUCUGCAGCAUCACCACUGUUGGAGCAAGUAGCAGCACAAGGCCGUGGUCCACCUGUGAAGGCAGUGGAGAAUCCUCUCGGCGUUCAACCGCAGCUUGAGCAAUGGGAUGAGUACCUGGUGAAGAAGCUGAGCAAGAGGACAGCACAGUGGCUGGUGACUAAGCAAAUACCCAAGGGUCCAUCUCGUGCCAGGUUGCAGGCGCUUCUACAGGACCGCUAUGGCUCUGCCCACGCCCAUGCCCUUAUUCAAGAUGAGAUCAUGACAACAAGUGACUUCAGUAUCUAUGACCAAAUCAAACCGCAGGAGCCCCGUCAGGCUGUGGUGAGAAAGAUGACCAGGACUCCAUUGGCCAACUAUUACAGGGUCCCAGGAUGUGAGCUGCAUGAGGACAUUGUACAGGAGCCUGGAGCUGUAAACCGGACAGCAGCCAACCUGAAAGUGAAACACAUGGAACUUCCUCCAAAGCCCAAGACCAUCCUCAACUCAAAGCUUGGGAAGCAUGUCUAUUACACAGAGAAUGUCUUUGAGCAAGAACUAUACGCUGGGUCGUCCAGAGUUGUUCACCACCAUGGUGAAAAGUACAAAGAACGAAUCAUCAUGGACAGCCUGUCAGAAUAUCAGAAGCACCUCCAGGAACGAUUCCCUCAACUACCAGCAGAAUGGUCAGAGGACAGAGAGGACCAAGACCAACAGCGAGCACCACCAGGGCCUGAGAAGGUGUGCAGAGGCCUGAGGAGAUGGACAGCACUGCCCACUCUGGCUGAUUAUACCAUGGAGAAAGGGCUGAGGCUACCAGACUAUGGACUCAUGGACAAACCAAUGAAGAAGUCUUUUAAGACUCAUGAAGACCUGCAAGUAAUGCGCAACAUGGUCACAGAGUGGAUUAAAGCUUGGCGCAUAUAUUCUCACUGGCAGGAUGUCACUCUGGAAGAGCUGGAGAGAGACCUCAGGGCAAUGCACAGUCACGUUCAACUCAAUGCCCUAGCAACUUGUGCCUCAGGAGCAACUGAGCGCCCACAGCUAGAAUUUCAAGAUUCUCACCAUCUUUACUCAAGAGGUGAUAAUGAAGUUCAAGCUGUCCCGGAGGCUCUCCAGUCACUCAUUAGUGAGGCUCUGAGCAGUGGCAACAAACGGGUGAGAUUGGCUGCAGCAAUUUGCCAUGUCACGAUGAAGAAGAUGAAUGAAAAAGUCAAUGAGAUUCUUCAGGAUACCCUCCUUCAUGGAGAUGUGUCUGAUCGUUGGAUUGCAGCACAAAGCCUGGCUGUCAAUGGUGAUGACAGUUAUCCUGUGGUCAACAGAAUUAUUCAGCAUCUCUUUGAAACACCAGAUGCUCAGACCGUGAAGCAAGUCUGCCUCAUCCUGGGCCCACUCAGUGAGAAAACACCUCUGGUGCACUUUAUCCUGGCGAACCAACUGAACAGCCAUAACUGGAAAGACAAAGUGCUGGCGUGCAGGAUCCUCUCCUACCUGCGUGGAUCACUGAACACGGAUCUGACCCACAAGAUCGUCUACCUAAUGUGGAAUGACUGGAACAGCAGUGUCCGCCAGGCAGCAAUGCAAUCACUAGGAGCCUUGGGGCUGGGAAAGAAAGUCCAUGAUGAGCUCAGGGAGAGGCUGGAUAAAGGGGACAGCAGAACACGAAUUGAGGCUCUGUCAUACAUCGGCCAGCUUGGAGUGAUGAGUGGGAAACUGAUGCCCAGCUUCCUAGACUGCUUCAAAGAUGACUUCAUUGGUGUGCGGAGGGAGGCGUGUCUGACAGCCGGUCUGCUGAAGUUAAAAGAUGAGCAGGUCCUUGACCAACUGCUGCGCCUGAUGCAGUCUGACCACAUCUGGAAAGUGAAGGCCUACGCAAUCAAGGCUUUAGGUGCCAUUGGCCACGUGACCGAGGAGCUGAAGGACCUGUUGCUUUGGGCACUUCAUUACGAGAAUGAGCCUGGUAUCCGAAUGGAAGCCUGUAACACUAUCGUGUCCCUGAACCUGCAGGAUGUCAAAGUACAGACUGUUUUAAGAGAGCAGCUCCUGGUGGAGAGCGACCCACUGGUGUGGAAAGAUGUGAGAUUAGCACUGCUGAGACUAGGAGGCAGCACCGAAGUGGAAGGAAUGCUCCAGAAAAUAAAAGAACAGGUCCACUCACUGUGCCAGAAAGACGUGGUCCUUUGGAAGCUGUUAAGGCUGGAAAAGGUGAAGUUGAAUGUCUCCCAGCAGGUAGAGUGGAUCAACCUGAAGACACAACCAGAACAUCUGAAGAUGCUGAAGGAACAGAUUCAGCAACUGCUCAAGAACAUGACAGCUCCGAUACAGACCAAUCGCAAGAAUUUUAAGGAGUGUGAGGCUGAAGUGCAGUCCGUCAUGCACAGCUCCUGUCCAGCAGCAUCACUGACAAGACAGGAACAGUCUGCCCAGUGUCCCAGCAACAUUAGCAGAGAUGAUCUGCAGUACUCCAGGGCACUGAGGUCAGAAGGCAGCAAGCAGGCUCUGAGUAACAGGAUGCAGCCUGGUCACCCACGGGAGGGAAAAGGCAGUCUGGAGCAACCACAUUUGGAUUUGCAGAUGGCAAUGUAUCCCAUGUUGGAGAGCAGCAGAUCCAGACCAGCUACAGACUGUGGACUUAGUCCAAGUGUGAACUCGGAUCUGCUGCAAGGUCACGGAAACUGUCAACUCGGAAUGAUGGAAACGGAUCACGUAAAGACCAUUGUGUAG